GAAAGCUACGUUGUACGCCUUCCUUGAGCAUUCUACCAGUAUCGACACCUUUUUGCGAGUUGUUCAUCUAUCAGUUAUCAUCAUGAAGACAUUUGCUGCUGCCACUCUCCUCCUUGCGACUCUUGCUGAGGUCGCACAGGGCCACUACAUAUUCCAGUACCUCACUGCCAACGGAGCAAAGGGUGCAAAAUACCAGAAUGUUCGGACGAACUCUAACUACAACUCGCCCGUCACUUCCCUUAGCUCCAACGACUUGAGGUGCAAUGUCGGCGCAUCUUCUGGAGGAGGUAACACCACGACGGUCUCUGUGGCCGCAGGCUCAUCUGUUUCCUUCACUGCCGAUACUGCAGUCUACCACCAAGGCCCUGUCUCCUUCUAUAUGACCAAGGUUUCGGACGCAGUAGCUGCCGAUGGCUCGACCGAUUGGUUCAAGAUCAAGGAGAUCGGUCCAUCCUUCAGUGGAGGUCAGGCAAAGUGGGAUAUGAGCUUGACCUAUAGCGUUCAGCUUCCUUCCUGCAUCUCGGCUGGUGACUACCUUCUUCGCAUCGAGCAGCUCGGCAUUCACAACCCGGGAUCGCCACCUCAGUUCUACGUCGCAUGCGCUCAAGUCAAGGUUACCGGUGGUGGCUCCGGAAGCCCGAAGCCUACCGUCAAGAUUCCUGGUCACGUGAAGUCAUCCGAUCCAGGAUACACGGCCAACAUUUACAACAACUUCAACUCUUACAUUGUCCCUGGCCCCAAGGUUGCGACCUGCUAAACAUUGACGACAUAAGACUGCCUGAGCGGCCGUGUUGAUGUGGGGAUCCAUGGCUCAUUGUUGCAUAAUUCGCCGCGAUGUAAAUAAUGCAUCUCUGCUGUCACCACUGGGAUUUUAGACUUCUUUACUUUUCUUCAUUGUCUAAUAUAACAUUCGGUUCCAACACAUUACACUCGUUUGCUUCCACGUACUUGAUAUUCCUGGAUCACAAUAGGUCCAUCUUUUUCUUUCUCACUUUCAAGUUCUAUCUAACGGGUUGGCGUUCGCUUCUUACUCUGCAUUCAAUGACAACCGGCAUGGAAGACGACACCCCUCGAGCCUCGUUGUCACAGUUGGUGAAGAACAACUUUCUAGAAUGACUAACGCCAAAUCAUAGGUUAUGAUUCACACAACACAACAUCACAUAAUCUUCAAACGUGCGACAACGGA